CCACUUUCCCUUCCGAGAGUGAGGAGAUAAGCACAAGCUCAAUAUAAGCAAAUAGAAGGCGAGACGCAAAGCAAGAUCAUCCACUCCUGUGAUUUAAUCUCUGUAAUUAAGAUACCCUUCAUUUUUUGAUCGCUUUUCCUUUUAAUUUCCUCCAUUACUGAGGUGGGUUUUUAUAGAUUUGUGAGGGAGAGGGAGAUGACGGUUUCUGAUGCUGUGAUAGGGAAUUUAACGCUGAUCUAUGUGGCAAUGAUCGCCGGGAUUAAGGCAUAUGGGUUAGUAACUGGUCGGAGCUUUAGCGGUGGAUUUGUGUUGGUUGUGUCCACCACCUUGGUGGGUUUAAUCUUGAUUGGGUCGCUUACUUGGGACGUGUCUCGAAAAGUUACGCUCGCUAUUUCACGAGAUCAUAUUCAUGUCCAUGAAAUGUGCAAGGGUGGUAUUUGUUGGCACGGCGUGGCGGUUCGGUCUCCGGCUUCUCAGGUUUGCUUCAGGCUCCCUCAUCAUCAGCAACAUCACUACGGCCCUGUGUAAAAACUCAGGUUCAAAAUGAAAAAAAUAUGAAUAAGAAUAAAGGUUUUAGAAUAGUAAGAUAGACAUCUCUUUUUUCGUUGUUGGUGUUUCUUUGUUUGUAGCUGGGGCUUAACGGUGCCUUUACGUUAGAAAAGGCACGACCCAUGAGGUGUUUGCUUUUUUGUUUGAGAGGAAUAGAAAAUGUAUGUAAAUGAUAUAAAGAGAAUGGUGUUUGUGUAUAAAUUUUGUCUCCCUCGUUUGGUUAA